AUGAAAACACAGACAGAAGAGAGACAGCGCUCCAUGGGUAUCGUCUUGAGGUCUCUCUUUGGGGGUGUUCAUUCUCUCUCUCUGUCUCUCCCUUUGCUGCUGCUACCGCGUCGGCUGUUGCUGCUUCUGCUCUUCCUCUUCUUCUUGGUACUCACGCCCUCCUCCGCUAGGGCCUUCGCAGACCUAUCUCGAGUUCCUGGGGGCGCUCUGCUGCCGCCGCCACCGCAGCAGCAGCAGCAGCUGCUGCAGCAGGGGUUCCACUUGCCUCUCUCCCCCUCGCCGCAGCAGCAACUGUCUCCUGGUUUUGUUGUCUCCUUUGGGGGUCUCCAACCCUCUGGCCUCAGCUGCCGCGUGAACGGGGCCCAAGGGGAGACCCUUGAGUGCAGGAGUCUCCUCACCUCACCAAGGAGACGCAACAGCACUCCUGCUGUUGCUACUGCUGCUGCUGCUGGCGAGCAACAAUCCCGCAGAGGAAUCGCUGCAGCAGCAGCAGCAACCACAGCAGCAGCAGCAGCAGCAUCGGCGAUGCAGCCCACAGCUGAAACACCUUCCCCCCUCCCCCCCCUCACCGCCCCCCAGCGGGCGCAGGCAGAGGAGGUUGCGAGGCAAAGCGGCCCCUGGAUGGAGGCUAGCGACCCCCUAGCAGCUUACGUGAAACUGCACGGAGGCACUCGGCCUAUUCGCCGUAUAUUGAUAGCAAACAACGGGAUGGCCGCAACGAAGGCCAUCGCCUCAAUGCGCCAAUGGACAUUUGAAACCUUCGGCGACCCUAAUCUGCUGACAUUUGUUGCGAUGGCAUCUGCUGAGGACUUGGCAGCGAACAGCGAAUUUCUGAAGAAGGCAGAUGUCAUCGUCCCGGUCCCCGGGGGCCCCAGCCGGGAGAACUAUGGAAAUGUGCAGCUCAUAUGUGAUAUCGCAGUUAAACAGAAGGUUGACGCGGUAUGGCCUGGAUGGGGUCAUGCCUCUGAAAAUCCGUCUCUGCCUUCUUCUCUUUCUGCGUUGGGGAUCUCCUUCCUCGGUCCCCAGGCGAAGGUGAUGGCGGCGCUAGGAGAUAAAAUUGCAGCUAAUAUAUUAGCACAGACAGCGCAGGUGUUCAAGGCUGCAACAAUAACAACAGUAGAGGAGUGCCGUGCAGCAGCAGAAAAGGUUGGGUAUCCGCUGCUGCUGAAGGCAUCCGGAGGGGGUGGGGGUAAAGGUAUUCGUCUCUGUCACCGCCCUGAGGAGCUGGAGACAGCUUUGGCUCAGGUGACAGCAGAGGUCGCUGGGUCUCCUGUCUUUCUAAUGCGUCUCUGUGAAAAAGCCAGACAUAUAGAAGUACAAAUCGCAGGAGAUAAAUACAAAAAUGCAGUCGCUCUAUCCGGCAGAGACUGCACCACACAAAGACGAUUCCAAAAAAUAUUUGAAGAGGCACCGCCCACAGUUGUUCCCCCAGAUACGUUUAAGGAGAUGGAGCGGGCAGCUCAGCGUUUGACGCAGUCACUGGGUUAUGAAGGUUUGGGUACAGUGGAGUAUCUGUAUAGUCCUUCGUCGAAUUCUUUUUUCUUUCUUGAGUUGAAUCCUCGUCUUCAAGUUGAACACCCCGUAACAGAGGCGGUGACGGGGCAGAAUCUGCCUGCAUUGCAGCUGCAGAUUGCUAUGGGUAUUCCGCUCUAUAGGGUCCCCACCAUUCGUUCUUUCUUUAACAGAGACCCAAAAGGAGAUGAACCCAUCGAUUUCCUUAAGGAGGAGUAUAAACCACUCAAUAAGCACGUCAUUGCUGCGCGUAUAACUGCAGAGAACCCGAGCGAGGGUUUCCGUCCUACUAGCGGUGCGGUGCAUGCAUUGGAUUUCGCUCCGCCUGAGAAGGUGUGGGGUUAUUUCAGCGUGAGCACCAACGGGGCUUUGCAUGCGCAUGCAGAUUCUCAGUUCGGGCACAUCUUUGCAGCUGGUAGCAACCGCAACGAGGCGAGAAAGCGACUGAUAUGGGGGCUGCAGCAGCUGCAUAUUAAGGGAGAUAUUCGUACCCCGAUAGAUUUCUUGCAGCGACUGCUGCAGCAGCCUGCAUUUGUUAAUCAUACACUGAACACUGAGUGGCUUGAUGGUAUCAUUAAAGCAAAACAACUCCUACCUACGCCCGAUACAGCAGAAGUCGUAUUCGCUUCAGCUGCCUUCAGAGCCAUACAGGCACUCGAGAAGCAGAAGGCAGCUUGGCUUGCAGCAGCAGCACGAGGACACACUUACCUGCCUGCUGUGGGCCCCUUGCUAUCUGUUGACGUCCCAAUAGCGUGGGGGGGGCAUUUGUAUAAAUUUCAUUUCUCUCGCAUAUCUUCUGAUGCGUUGGGCUUUUCUAUAAACAAACAAAGAGGAGAAGUGCAAUACAGGCAACAGACAGACGGCUCCUACCUGCUCUCCAUCUACCCCGAGCCCCAGCAUUCGCACCAACACCAGCACAACGAAGACCACAAGCAGCAGCAGCAUGAACAGCAGCAGCAUCAGCAGCAGCAGAACCCUCGUUUACUGCGUUUCAGCGCAGUAGAGGAGCCCCUAGGUCUUCGUCUUGAGCUAGGAGGAGACAGCCUGAUGACUGGAGACAGCCUGAUGGUCCUAGAUCAGCGCGACCCCUCCGAGCUGCGGUCGGAUGUGAACGGCAGACUUGUGCGGUAUUUAAUUCAAGACGGGGAGACAGUUAAAAAGGGACAGCCGUUUGCUGAGGUAGAGGCCAUGAAGAUGAUACUGACGCUUACUGCCGGGGAGACGGGAGAGUUGAUACACCGGAAGAGUGCCGGGUCGCUCAUACAGCAGGGGGAGCUGUUGGCGUCUCUGCGGCUAGAAGACCCCUCAAAGGUGGUGCGGCUGAAGGCUUUUGAGGGGUCUCUUGAUCUGUCCCCUCCUCCUCUGUCUCCUAAAGAUGAGACAACCGCGGCACCCGCAGCAGCAGCGGCAACCAGUGCUGGAGAUGGAGCUGCAGCUGCAGCUAGCCCAGAGACAGCAGCUGCCGACGCUGCUGCUGCAGCAGAAGCGAGACUCGCGCUGCUGCUCAGUGGUUACGUGCAGCAGCAGACGGCGCAGCAGCUGCUGGCAUCAGUAUUGAAGGGCCCUAGUGGUUCCUCUCUUACUGCAUUUGUCUCUUUUGUUGAGCGCUGCUUGAGUCGCUUCCUAGAGACAGAGGAGCUGUUCGCAGGCAAAGGCAAUGCAGAUGCUGCUGCUGCAGUUGCUGCUGCAGCAGGAGACACAGAAGGACAGUUUAGGAUGUAUGUCUCCCACUACGCACUCAAGCAUAAGACAGAGAUGCUCCUACUGCUCCUCAAGGAACUCACGGGAAGACUAUCUGCAGCUGAUUCUGGCUCGCUUGAUUCCUCGAGACUUGAAGAUCUCCUCCGUCGGGUGGGGGCGCUCAAGGGCGUUGCAUAUAAUGUCUUAGCCUUGGCCUCGCAGCGGCUGCUGAAGCAGCUGCUGCUGCCUUCUGUGGCUGCCCGUGUUGAUGCACUCCGCGCCCAGCUGCAACAACUGCAGCAGCAGCAGCAACAACAGCAGCAGCAGGUUCUGCGCGAUGAGCUGCUGCAGCUGCCAGAGGAACUCGGGGGAUAUGGCCUCCUCGCCAAUCUCUUUAAGGACCCGCAGGUGGGGCCUGUGGCGCAGGAGAUGAUGCUGAGGAGACAGCUAUUAGGGCUAGACAUCCAGCUGCAGCAGCAGCAGCAGGGGUCACUCCCGUUCACGUGGAAAAGAGCGCUUGAGGAGGGCCCUGCAGCAACAGAGAAUGCAGGGAUAUUUGCUGCUGUCUCCAGCAUAGAGGAGCUGCAGCAGCAGAUGGGGCCGCUGCUGCAGCAGCUAGCACAGCAGCAGAAAGCACUCAAACAAGAAGCUAAAGGCGUGCUGAUGCUGAGUCUUCCCCUUUCCAAUGCAAAGCCAGGUGCUGUAGCAUCGGAUGCAGCGGCAAUCGAGGCAGCAGCAGCAGCAGCAGCAGCGGCUGCUGCUGCUGCUGCUUCUACCUCCCCGGAGGCUGCUGCUGCACUUAAGAAGCUCCACAGCCUCCGCUUGGUGUUGCCGACGGCCAACGGAGACGCGCAGCAAGUAUCACUUGUGCUGCAACAGGAGCAGCAGCAGCAGCACCACCAGGAGCAGCUGCAGCUAAAGGAGGACCCGGUGCAGCGCGGGUUGUCCCUGUCUCAGUUUAUAUUUGGUGAGAUCGAGACGAUGCGCAGCAUGGUGCCUCCAGCAGCGUCAACAGAUUUGUUGCUGCAUGCUGUAUCCCCUAAGCCGCCUGCUGCUGCUGCUGCUUCUGCUGCUCCUCUGAGGACUCCCGCGAUGCGGGAGACGGUGUACGUACACCGCAUUAUCCCGAAGGCAGAUGUUUUGCUGCAGCAGGAGGGACUGCAGCAGCUGCUGCAGCACUUGCUGCAGCAGCUAGAAGCAGCCUUCAGGGAUCCGCAUGUACACCCAACAAGCAACAGUAUUGUCGUGCUGCAACUGCUGCAGCAGGAGACAGCAGAGAGACAAGCAGCGCUGCAGAAGGGCUUCUUUGAGGCCCUUCAGCUCCUCAAGGCGCAGCACGGCGAGCGCCUACUGCGGCUAAACGUGGAGAAGGUGGAGUUGCGAGUGCCACACGUUGCUGCUGCUGCAGCACCGAAGCAACAGCAGCAGCACGUAAUCAGGGCCUCGAGCAGGGGAGGCUGCUGGCUAGAACCCGAGGAAGUGUCUGCGCCUUCAGGAAGGGGAGGGCGAGUCUGCAGCAGCAGCAGCAGCAGCAGGUUUACUCCUGAGAGUGUGUCAUUCCAGGAAGGGGAGGGCGAGUCUGCAGCAGCAGCAGCAGCAGCAGCAGGCAGCAGCAGCAGUAGCAGCAGCAGCGUGGCGAGCUCGAGCAGCCACCGCAGCAGCAGCUUAUCGAAUGACAGGCUGGCAUUUUCAUGGGGUCGAGGUGGCACUGCAGCAGCAGCAGCAGAAGCGGAGAGGACAGCUCCUUUGGUCCCCCUCCGGGGUAUAACAGACGCACAGCUAGCAGCGAAACGGGCUGCAGCACAGAGAGCAGGCAGCACCUACAUAUAUGACUUCCUCGGCCUCAUCAAUGCAGAACUGCAGCAGCAAUGGAGACGCAGCCAAGAAGCUCUCGCUGCAGCAGGAGACCACCGCACACUCAGCGUGCCCAAUAAACUCUUGGAGGCGCGGGAGUUUCAUAUGGGGGGAGACGGGAAGCUGCAGCUGCACCGCGAUUGGUUGCUGCACCGCGAUUGGUUGGUGGGAGACAACCGCGUGGGGAUGGUUGCGUUCCUGCUGCUGCUGCGAACGCCUGAGUAUCCUCAGGGACGCGAGGUUGUGGUAAUAGGGAAUGAUGUAACGUAUCAGGGGGGGUCUUUCGGUGUGGAGGAGCACGAGAUGUACAGACAGGCCUCCGCCUUCUCCCGGCAGCAUAAGAUACCUCGGCUGUAUAUUGCUUGCAAUAGCGGUGCACGCAUUGGGGUGUAUGAACAGCUCAAAGAUAAAAUACAAGUUGAAUGGAAUGACCCAGAAAACCCAUGGCUUGGCUUCAAGCAUCUGUAUAUACGCGAGAAGGAUAUGCAGCAGCUGCCACCAGGGGCGGUUGUAGGCCACUGGGCCGCUGCGCCUGCUGCAUCUGCUGCACAGCAGCAACAGAAGCAACAACAGCAGCAGCAGCAGCAGAAAGAGGAAGGAGAGCGUAUCUUUGUGCUGGAGGCCGUGGUGGGCGAGGCUGGGCAGCACUUAGGUGUAGAGAACCUGCGGGGAUCAGGGAAGAUUGCAGGAGAAACAAGUCAGGCGUAUGAUGAGGUGUUUACAUUAUCUCUUGUUUCAGGUCGUUCUGUUGGUAUUGGAGCUUAUGUAGUGCGGUUGGCACAGCGAUGUAUACAGCAGAAACACUCGCCUUUGGUUCUUACUGGGUUUCAGGCCCUUAAUAAACUCCUAGGGAAGGAUGUAUAUGUAUCACAGGAGCAGCUUGGGGGCCCCGAGGUGAUGGCCCCAAAUGGUGUUACACAUCUGCAAGUAGCAUCAGAUAAAGAGGCGGUAGCAGAAGCAGUAAGAUGGCUCGAGUUUGUUCCGCCUACUGCUGAUGCUAUGCAUACGCCCCACAGAAUAACAGACCCCGUCAGCAGAGAUAUUGAAUUCACUCCCUCCUCAUCUCCCUAUGACCCCAGACACAUGCUAGCAGGCCACUGGGCCGCUCCAGCACCUCAGCAAUCAGGAGCGGAAGAAAACGCACAGCAACAGCAGCAACAACAGCAGCAGAAGCAGGAGCAGCAGCAGGAGCAGCAGCGGAAGAAAACGCACAGCAACAGCAGCAACAACAGCAGCAGAAGCAGGAGCAGCAGCAGGAGCAGCGGCGUAGUUGUGGGGCGGGCUCGCCUGGGGGGGCAGCCAAUUGGCGUGAUUGCUGUAGAUACCCGAACCACAACCGCUGUCUCACCAGCAGACCCAGCAAACCCUGACAGCGCACGAGUCGAGACACCGCAGGCUGGCCAGGUGUGGUUCCCUUCGAGUGCAUACAAGACGGCUCAGGCGAUCGCGGAUUUCAACCGUGGAGAGAAUUUGCCUCUAAUUAUAUUUGCAAAUUGGCGUGGAUUCUCUGGGGGUACCCGCGAUAUGUUUAAUGAGGUGUUGAAAUUCGGCUCCAUGAUCGUAGAUGCACUUCGGGUGUACAGACACCCUGUAUUCGUUUAUAUCCCACCCUAUGGAGAGCUGCGCGGAGGGUCUUGGGUGGUUAUUGACCCCACCAUCAACUCGUCACAGAUGGAGCUGUAUGCUGAUGAACUCGCCAGAGGAGGAGUCCUAGAGCCACCAGGCAUAUGUGAAAUUAAAUUCAAGGAAGCUGAAAGAAGAAAACUGAUGCACCAGAACGAUCAUACACUACAGCAGUGGCAACGAGAACUCGAAGCAGCCACCACACCUGAAGAGGCGGAGGAGAUAAAGGAGAAGAUAAAGAAGAGAGAGAACCUCCUUAUGCCGGUGUACACGCAGGUAGCGCACGUGUAUGCAGACCUCCAUGAUCGCGCGCCCCGCAUGGCAGCUCGUGGUGGGGUAAGAAGAAUUCUAAGUUGGCCCAAGGCCAGGGAAUUCUUCUACUGGAGAGUGCGGAGGCGACUCGCUGCAAACAGCGUUGUCAAGAAACUGAUGGCUGCAGAUCCCUCACUGAGCUGGGAAGAGGCCCUCAACUUGCUUUACACGGAUAUACCCCAAAUAGCUGAUGCAGUGGAAGACCCGCAGGCAGUUGCCUUCUUAGAUAGCAGCGAAGGCCGCGAGAAGGUGGGUGCGCUGCUGCGGCGCACCGAAGCAGCAGCUUCAAGGCGGGAGCUGCUGCAGCUGGUAGGGCGUUUAUCUGCAGCAGAGAAGCGAGAUGUAUUGAGUGAGGUGCAGGCGCUUCUCUCACAGCAGUGA